AUGGGUCAAUCAUCCUCUCUUCCCAGCUCGCUCCCCUCCAUAGCCCUCCAUGUACUUAGAGUAGUCGAUUCUUCCCCUGCUGAUGGACUGGUGGAACCGUAUUUUGAUUAUUUGAUUGGGAUCUCAACGGAGAAGGGAGAACAUCAAGAUUUGUCGACUCUUUCUGAAGAAGGUAGUAAUAGUCUGGUGGGAUUGAGUAAAGUUAUAGAAGAGAAUGAAGGUAGGAUGGUGGGGUUGAGGGUUUAUAAUGCGAAAUCGCAGAGGAUACGUGAUGUUCACUUAACCCCCUCGAGAGUAUGGGCAGAAACUUUACUUCAAGCCAAUGGAGAUUCCCUACCUACCCCUUCGACAACGACUUCAUCGACAGGACCGAAACCUUCGUUACUUGGAUUAUCAUUACGGGUGUGUAAUCCUGCGAACGCACUCGAAAGUGUUUAUCAUGUUUUGGAUGUAUUGGAAGGAUCUCCUGCAGAGGUGAGCCUAGUACCAUGGGGUGAUUACGUCCUGGCAUGGUCAGGAGGUCCAUUACAUUCCGAAAACGAUUUUUACAAUUUGAUUGAAGCUCAUGUGGAUAAACCUUUGAGGUUGUUUGUUUACAAUAGUGAUUUGGAUAACCUCCGUGAGGUCAUACUGUAUCCUACGAGACAAUGGGGCGGGGAAGGUCUGAUAGGUUGUGGUAUUGGGUAUGGCCUUCUGCAUCGUAUACCACGUCCCUCCACGCCGCCGACUGGACCGCCUUUAGAUGGGUACUUCGAGCAAAGCACCAAUAGUAGACAGACGCAACCUGAGCAGAUCGCUUCUCAGUAA